GCGGUUCAGUUCCAGCGAGAGAUGAAACACCUGCAGCAGAUGCUGAAGGAGAAGCAGGAAGCCCUUGAUGAAGCGCUGCAGCAGAAAAGGAUCUACUACCAUCAGCUGGUUUGUUUAUCAGCAUCACAUCAUGGCCGACGAAAGCUUAAGACACAGGAAACGGAGUUCGGACCAAGGACCAGAUGGACUUUCCCUCGAAAGCAAGAAAUCUAAAUCCAUGAACCUACAAAAAGAGGUGGGUCUCAUCAGCGGCAUCUGUGUCAUUGUUGGGACCGUAAUAGGUUCAGGGAUCUUUAUCUCUCCCAAGGCGGUUCUAGCCAAUGUUGGAGCUGUUGGACCUUGUCUAGUCAUCUGGGCAGCCUGUGGAGUACUUGCUACGCUAGGAGCACUAUGCUUUGCCGAACUUGGCACGAUGAUAACAAAAUCAGGAGGGGAAUAUCCUUACCUGAUGGAAGCAUUUGGCCCAAUUCCUGCAUAUUUGUUUUCCUGGGCAAGCCUCAUUGUCAUCAAGCCUUCUUCUUUUGCCAUCAUCUGCCUCAGCUUUGCAGAAUACGUCUCGGCUCCGUUUUAUCCGGGAUGCGACCCUCCCAUCAUUGUUAUCAAGUGUCUGGCAGCUGUAGCGAUCGUGACUAUUACAACCGUGAAUGCGCUGAGUGUGAAGCUGGCCAGCUACCUGCAGAAUGUCCUCACUGCUGCUAAAAUGGUGAUCGUUGUCAUUAUCAUUAUAAGUGGCAUUGUUCUACUUGCUAAAGGAAACACUCAAAAUUUUCAAAAUUCGUUUGAUGGCCCCCCGCUUUCUGUGGGUCUCAUCUGCCUGGCGUUUUAUAAUGGGCUCUGGGCAUAUGACGGAUGGAAUCAACUCAAUUAUAUUACGGAAGAGCUUAAAGAUCCUUAUAGAAACCUGCCACUGUCUAUCAUUAUUGGAAUACCGCUGGUCACCAUUUGCUACAUCCUGAUCAAUGUUUCCUAUUUCACGGUCAUGACGUCGACAGAACUUCUGCAGUCGCAAGCUGUGGCCGUGACCUUUGGAGACAGAGUUCUGUAUCCUGCUUCUUGGAUCGUUCCUCUCUUUGUGGCUUUUUCCACCAUCGGAGCAGCCAACGGGACUUGUUUCACUGCUGGAAGGCUUGUCUAUGUGGCCGGUCGCGAAGGACACAUGCUCAAGGUGCUAUCUUACAUCAGCAUUAAGCGGUUAACUCCAGCACCCGCUAUCCUGUUUUAUGGUGGUGUGGCUAUUAUUUAUAUCAUCCCAGGAGACAUCAAUACACUCAUCAACUACUUCAGCUUUGCCGUUUGGCUGUUCUAUGGCUUAACGAUAGCAGGACUUAUUGUCAUGCGUUUUACUAGGAAAGAGAAAGAGAGGCCUAUCCGUGUGCCUCUUAUCAUCCCCAUUAUCGUGAUGCUUGUUGCCAUCGUCCUGGUCCUGGCGCCCAUUAUCACCGCCCCUGAGCUGCCCUAUUUGUACUGCGUCCUGUUUAUUUUUAGUGGACUUAUAUUUUAUGUACUCUUCAUCCACUUUAAAUUUGGUUGGGCCCAAAAAAUCUCAAACCCCAUCACUAUGUAUCUUCAGAUGCUGCUAGAAGUUGUUCCACCGGAGGGUGAGACUACUGAGGAAGACAAAACUUUGCAUUCUUAACCCUGCAAAUAGCUCAGGAGAGACGCAGCAUCGUUUCCCUUCCAUGGCUCUAAUUGUGCGGCAGGAUUCGGGAGACUUUUGUGAGGCAGCCAGUGCCCCAAAAAAGCAUUCAACCAUAUUCAAACAUGAUAUUUUGCUGUUACAUAUUGUUUGGUUUUGCAGCACUUAGAAAACAAAGCUCAGUCAAGCCAUACAGGAGUAUUGUCAACACAGAAGAGGAAAYCCCUGCAUAUUUCUGUCUGGUUUCAAAUAUGGAACCCAAAAUGGAAAGCAUUCCAACU